UAAAGUUUAAACAACAAAAAUCGGCGCGAUUUUCAAAUUUUAAAACCCUCCCCUUGAAAAGAAUCUUGCAUACGCCACUGCCCCCAACACAAUUCCCAUAGUUUUUGUGUUGUUUUUAUUGUCUUCACUUUCAACUCUCUUUUUCAAUUACUAUAGAUCUCUUAAUGAUAGAUGUUUCGAAUACGAUCGAAAAUCGGGUUUCCAGGUAAAGAAAUGUCGGCUAUCUACUGAGAUGACUGCCAGAAUGUGGUCCUGUCUCAGAUCUUUCACGUCACUGAACCAUCUCACCAUCUCAGACUCCUCUCUCAAUUUCCCCCCAUCUCCUCCUGAGCUGCCAUCCGUCACAAGGCUAUCAGCCGAGAGAGUGACGUCACAAAGCUAUGAAAGUCUGCUCUCAUCGCUUCCUGGCUUGAUAGAUAUCGGUAUCACUAUCGAUGAUGCAGAGAGAGACAUACCUCAGAUCACGGCUGGUCUUCGUCGGACCGGAGGACAGCAGCUCACACACAUCGAGCUUACAGCACCGUUCACACUCCCAUCAGAGAAGAGGCGUGUAUCGAGAGAGACGAUGAGAGGACUGGGUCUUCUGAUCAGAGAACAAACCAAGAACCUGCAGCGGCUAGAUCUGGACUGGGUGAAGUGCGCAGAUGAGUGCGCAGAUGAGGAAGACUGGGUUUACCUCAUCGAGUGCUGCAGACAUGUGAAGACGAUGUCAAAGCUGUGGUAGGUUCUUGUUCAAAUCGUGUAUAAA